AUGUCCUUGAAGAUCCAGACAAGCAACGUAACCAACAAGAAUGACCCCAAAUCCAUCAACUCUCGGGUCUUCAUCGGAAACCUCAACACAGCUGUGGUGAAGAAGUCGGAUGUGGAGACCAUCUUCUCCAAGUAUGGCCGUGUGGCCGGCUGUUCCGUGCACAAGGGCUAUGCAUUUGUCCAGUAUGCCAACGAGCGCCACGCCCGAGCAGCUGUGCUGGGAGAGAACGGGCGGGUGCUGGCGGGGCAGACCCUGGACAUCAACAUGGCUGGUGAGCCCAAGCCCAACAGACCCAAGGGGUUAAAGAGAGCAGCAUCUGCCAUUUAUAGUGGCUACAGCUUUGACUAUGAUUACUACCGGGACGACUUCUACGACAGGCUGUUCGACUAUCGGGGCCGCCUCUCGCCGGUGCCCGUGCCCAGGGCCGUCCCCGUGAAGCGACCCCGGGUCACGGUCCCGUUGGUCCGGCGUGUCAAAGCCACCAUUCCCGUCAAGCUCUUGGCCCGCUCCACAGCCAUCACCACCAGCUCAGUCAAAAUUAAGUUAAAGAGCAGUGAGCUGCAGGCCAUCAAGACAGAGCUGGCGCAGAUCAAGUCCAACAUUGACGCCCUGCUGGGCCGCUUGGAACAGAUUGCUGAGGAGCAGAAGGCCAACCCAGAUGGCAAGAAGAAAGGCGACAGCGGCAAUGGCAGUAGUGGUGGCAGUAGCCGACCACUGGCCCCCCAAGAGGACACAACUUCGGAGGCAGGCACACCCCAGGGAGAAGCGCAGGCUCGAGAUGACGGCGAUGAGGAGGGGCUGCUGACACACAGCGAGGAAGAGCUGGAGCACAGCCAGGACACAGACGCAGAGGAAGGGGCCUUGCAGUAA